GGCCGGCGAGACGGUUCAGUCAGUUGUCCGAUCCCAGAACUGUAUAUAUAUGUGUGUGUGUGUGUGUGUGUGUGUGUGUUGGGGGCUUCUUGAUUUCGGAUGGGUGAAUUUGGAUAGAGGGUGGUGUAUGGUCUGCGGCGGUGUGUUGAAGUGUGGGUUAAGCUAUUGUUUUUUUUGUUUUUUUUAGGGGAUGGGGUGGUAAAGUUGUGCUAGCUACUAUGGGGGAUGGGCUCAUGGGGACAGACCAAACUUUAACCACUUAACACCGGCUUCACUCACUCGUCGCCGCGGUCGGACUUGCCCCCGCCUCCCCCCUUUCCCUCGGUGAGUGACUUGACGAGUCAUCCGCUCCUCUUUCGCCCGCAUUCCUGAACUUUUAUGAAAAACAACUACUUGGUGUUUGGGGAAGGGGUGCAGUGCUUCUCCUCAACACGCCUGCGUUUGAAAACCGCAGGCAGUCGUUGAUUCGCCCAGUGGCUUGGUGUCCUGUCGGUAAAACGGGUUAAGAUUGUACAGCCAACCCCCUACUUUCCUUUCCCCUCCUCUCAUCUCCUCUCGCCAUGCCGGAUCCAUCCGUCUGUCUCGCCCACAGUUGCAGCGCAUUUGUGUCCCGGGAUGACCUGUUGAUGUCGGCUAAAGAUGGAGUGCCAGCAUAGCCCUCCGCUAUAGAGCCCCUCUCAUCUCCGGUUAAAAAAUAACGUUAACGCUUAAAGAUUCACAUCGGAGUUCAUUCAACUGACCGUAACGGUAGUCUGCGUGGCCUCCUGGGUCCCAUUGUGAUUUAAUAAUGUGUUCGCUUUGAGAAAUCAUAAGCGACAUUUUGGAGGGGAGGGGGGGGAAACGCGUGUCUGUCCCGUAUCGGUAGCUGCCAUUCGGCCGGCGGAGGAGGAGGGAACUCGGUCUAAACGGACAUCACACCGCGCUGGCACGGACAGAGGGGAGACGGGGAUAGCGCCGAGCUUCUGAAUAUUUGAUCCCCUCGUCUAUUUUUGUGUUACUCGGGCGAUAAACGUGUGUUUGUGUUUUGGGCUUUGGGGCUGAGGAGGGGAGUUGGAAUCAGGGUUGGAAUACAAAAUAAAGAAGAAGAGCUCUUUUUAUUUAUUUUUAUUUUUUUUGUUCCUUUUUCCGCUGCCGCCCGCUCGCUCCCUCCCUCCGCUGAACGCACACACACACACACACCACCGGCCCGGCCCAGGCGAGGACUCCCAAAUCCUACCGGGCAUCGAGGCUGGCACACGGCGGGGCACCGAGAGCUCUCUGCCCGUCCAGACUGCCCUGCUGCCCCGCUGGUGGCGAGCUCAGUCUCUCUCUCUGUCGCUCUCUCGAGGCAUCCACCGGCGAGACGUCGACUCUGCCAGACUUUCAUACCCUGUGGUGCUGGGCAGAGCGUUAUGGCUCAGACGCUGCAGAUGGCGAUCCCUAACUUUGGCAAUAACAUCCUGGAGUGUCUGAACGAACAGCGACUGCAGGGCCUCUACUGUGAUGUCUCCGUGGUGGUCAAGGGACACGCCUUCAAGGCCCACCGCGCGGUGCUUGCAGCCAGUAGCUCUUACUUCCGGGAUCUGUUCAACGCCGGGGGGAAGAGUUCUGUGGUGGAGCUGCCCCCAGCCGUGCAGCCACAGAGCUUCCAGCAGAUCCUGGCCUUCUGCUACACAGGACGCCUCAGCAUGAAUGUUGGAGACCAGUUCCUGCUCAUGUACACCGCCGGUUUUCUCCAGAUCCAACAGAUCAUGGAAAAAGGCACAGAGUUUUUUCUCAAGGUCUCAUCUCCAAGCUGCGACUCCCAGGGUCUCCACGCUGAGGAGACUCCGCCCUCCGAGCCUCAGAGCCCCGUCACUCAAACAGUGGGAGGCAGUGGAGUCAGCGUCGUUGCCACGGCCGCAGGAAGGCCCACCUCUUGUCUGACGCCCCUCCCCCUGGUGUCUAAGGUGAAGACAGAACAGACGGCCUCCACACCUCAGCCCACCCCUCAGCCGCAGCAGCAGGAGGGCUCCCCCUACUCUGUGGUCUGCACCCCCGUGGCCAAGCGGCUGUGGGAGGGGGGCAACCGUGACGGGGGAGGGGGGUCUGGCGGGGGCGGGGGAGGUGGAAUGAGGAAGGCCGCACGCUACUCUUCCUCUUCGUCGUCCUCCUCCUCCUCCAACAACACUACCCAGGAUGCCUCUGGGCGCGGACCUGCAGCGAAUGCUGCUAUGGUAGGUGGCGGUGGCGUCACUUCAGUGGGAGGAGCCGGGCUCAACAGUAACCAUAACAACAAUAACAACAAUGGUGGGACACCUGAAGGAACGAGCCCGGGCACGCUGAGUAUGUACACGAGUGACUCACCAAUCAGUUACCACGACGACGAGGAAGAGGACGACAUAGCGGAUGACAGCGCAGAAGAGCAGUACAGACAGAUCUGCAACAUGUACACCAUGUACAGCAUGCUGAACGCUGGAGCCGCAGUGGUCGGGGAGCGGGUGGAGGCUCUUCCGGACUUGGCCCCAGACUCAGGCGGCGGUCGGGGUGGCAGGGGAGGGCGGUCCCGGCAAGACCUGGCGUCGUUGCCCGCCGAGCUCAUCAGCCAGAUCGGGAACCGCUGCCACCCGAAGCUGUACGAGGAGGGCGACCCGGCCGAGAAACUGGAGCUGGUGAGCGGCACCUCCGUGUUCAUCUCCCGCGCCCAACUCAUGAACUGCCACGUCAGCGCAGGGACCCGUCACAAAGUGCUCCUCAGACGCCUUCUGGCUGCGUUCUUUGACAGGAGCACUUUGGCAAACAGCUGUGGAACUGGCAUCCGGUCUUCAACCAAUGACCCCAGUCGUAAACCCCUGGACAACAGAGUGCUGCACGCGGUCAAAUUUUACUGCCAGAACUUUGCGCCGAGCUUCAAGGAGAGCGAGAUGAACGCCAUCGCGGCCGACAUGUGCACCAACGCCCGCCGCGUUGUCCGCAAGAGCUGGAUCCCCAAGCUUAAACUGCUGAUGGCUGACAGCGACGCCUACUCCGCCUUCCUGGCCGAUAGCGUGAAGAUGGAGGCCGAUGCACUGGGGGUGGAGCAAGGCUUUGACCCCGCCUCCCUGGAAGCUGUGGCGGCCGCCAACAAUAACGAAGUGGGAGGUGGAUCCACGCCAGGAGAUACCCUCCAUGGGGCGGGAGGAGACGGCAGCACUUUGUUUUGAGUGAGUGACGGACAGAAAGAUGAAUGGACAGAUUGAUGGAGGGAGGAAUGGAAUUUUUCUGGGGCGAUGACUAGGGAGCGUUGGCCACGGUGGUCGUGAUGACGGUUGUCACUCAUCCCCUAGCCGCCAUGUGUUUGGGGAUCUGUUUCUUCUUUUACACCUCUUUUGGUCAGUUUGUUCUGCUUUCCUUCCUUCAUUUGUUCACAUUUCUGUCUCUGUACAGCCCAGAAUGCCUCUCUUUGGACUGUUCCUCCUUCCUUUUCUGGUAGAGAGAAAGACCGAUAGAAAGGUAGCAGAGGGAGGAGGUUGACAAUUGCCCCCCCCAACUUCCCUUCAGUCCUCUGCAACCUUUAAAGACCUGGUUGUUUUAGCUUUUCUAUUGUUUUUAAAAGUGUGCAUUGUCACUAAGGCCCUUUUCUUACCAUAAUCAGUCACAGACAUUCCCUUGGGACGGGGUGGGGGGUGAGGGGUGAGGGGUAAUCCUGUUUGGAGAAAGUGAUAGUUCCCCAAACUCUGGUAACACUGUUGUUUUGAUAUUGAAUGUAUGCGUGGUGAUGCAUCCAGACCCCAGCGUUAAGUCAGUGGAGGUUGAGUGAACUUGUUGUUUGUCUUUUGUUUUUGCGUUUACUUUCCUCUGGACGGCCAGAUGAAAGUUUCUCUGCGAGCGGAGGGGGAAGGUUGAUGAGGUCAGGGGUUGAAAUGAAUAUCAAAAUGUAUAUCGGCAUGGUUUAUGAUCUCCCCGACCUCCACCCAACCACACCAACUCUACUCUUUAACCCCUGUCAGGAUGCUGGAAAACUGCCAGCGCUUAGAGAAAUGUUUGCGAGUUCUGACUGACAGUGUGGUGGCAGAUGGGGAAAAAAAUCUAAAUUUGUUAAAAAUUGUCUUCACUAAACCCCCCCCCCCCGCUUUUUGUUCCUGAAAUGUAAGAGAGAAAAAAAAACAUUUCAGUUUGACUUGUUUUUCUAUUUCAUUUUUUUUUUUUUUUUUUUACUUUUCGUGUGUGAUUUUUGCCAAGCCUCCUGGGGAAGAGGAAAUUUGUUACCGAUGAUUGUCAAAGAGUUCACGUGUGAUAAAUGCACUGUGUUAUUUCCUGCGGUUAGAGUACAAUCGAACUAUGUUUUUGUACGUAUCAGCAAGAGAAGAGGGGUAGUUUUAUUUUACAAAAAUGCAAAACGAGAAAAAAUACAAGCUGAAAUCCAAUUUCUAAUCUCUGUUGAUGACCCAUUUAAAAAAAAAAUCUGAAGUAAAGUUAAGAAUUAUCCAAAAGCCUACCUGUGAGCUUAGGAAAGAGGUGGGGCGCGCGCGUGUGUGUGUGUGUGUAUUUGUGUGUGGGGGGGGGGUACAGCGGUGAUGUUCUUUUUGUUUUCAGCUCAUGUUUAAAUUGUUUUCCCUAAGAAUAUUCGCAGCCAUGUCUUUGUCAGCACAGCACAGUUUCCUCAGGCUCUGCUGCUUGGAUGCGUGCUCGCCUGGCAUGGACAAAGGUGCUAAUUCAGGCAUUGGUACAGUGCGAGGAAUACGGCUCUGUGUGUAGGUGUGUGUUUGAACGGCCAUACAGUUUGUGUGUGUGCUGCAGCAGAAAGAGAGCGGGAGGCCAGACGGUGUGUUUUCACACACGCUUGGUUGAUUCAUUCACCCAUCGCUGCGGUGAGCACACAUACAUGCUAAUACGCAUUUGGGCGCUGUCAGCCGCAUCAGCUACAGUACACCAGAGCAACGUGGGAAUUAAAGGGGAAUUACACCAAAGCAGACCUGAGAGGCUGUUGUUCGUCACAUGUAAGCAUUCAUCUUACAUUUUUAUUUUGUGUUGCAAUGAGGCUAUAGGAGAUCUAUUGGAAAAUACAGCACUGGUUUGAAAGUUUUGUUUGUUGGUUUCGACAGUUGAGUUCCUGGCUUUACAUGAAGUAUUUAGAAUUAUAAAAAGAAAGCUGCUAAAUAAUGGAAAUCGCAGAAGAAUGUUGGCAUAGAAACAGCCCUGAAAGUCAUAUUGCAGUCAUAUACGCCUUUGAUACUUGUAUGGCUGAAUGGUAGCUUUCAGAAAAAAGAACAGGAGUUCAGAACGAGAUCUUUUCUCUUUAGAAACGUUGACCUCCAGAAUCCACAAUGCAGCUGAAUACUGUCUACAGCUAAACUCUGGCGAGGGUGUUUUUUUUUUUUUUUUUUUUGCUCUUCUUCAGUUUGAGGUUGAAUAGUGGGGCUCCAGGUAAACUUUUUGAUUUAGUACCACCGAUCUUAAUCCCAGACAAUCAAUAUAAAGUCAGUCUUUGUCAUGACAGACCUGACACGGCUGUCUGUUUGGCAGUGGGGAAUGAUAGGCCUAAUGAAAAUGUUAAACAGAUUUGAUCAAUGCACAAACUAUGUGCAGCCCGUUAGUUUGUAACCUAGAAUUCAACACAGCAGGGGAAAACUAAGAGUAGUUUCUCCAUGUAUCCCACAUAAUCUUUGGCAGAUUCAAACUCAUUUUUAGGCUAAUGUCUGGGGGCUGGGCCAGGCUGAUUUGUGUUGAUUACAUCCAGGCCACAAAUGGUGGUUUAUUGCCUUGUACCAAAGUAAGAUAACUCCAUGUUUUUGUGCACAUGUUCUGUUAACAAGUCCAAGAUUGAGAUCAGUGGAGUGAGAGUCCAACUCCACAUGUGAACUCUCUAAAACCUCAUGUUGUGCAGUUAUUAAGUGGCACUAGAUGACAGGGAAAGUUUCACUCUGGAGCCCGGAGAGCUGGAUUUUCUCUGUUUGACAGCAUUUUGCCAAAAAUGAUCAGAUUGAAAAUAGACAUUAUACCCUACCCUUUACAAGUGAAGAGACAUUUUGAAAUUCAUAAAAAGCAGAAUCAUAUCCUGUAUUAUGAUAUUGUCAUAUUAUUGUGAAGACUGAACUUUCUCAGAUUACAGCAUUGUUAUAUAUAGGCCAAAAGAACACUAGUGAACACCAAGCAGUCAUUCUGAUUUUGGUCCUGAAGAUUGUCUGUUUGCUUUGGUGGAUUUGUCAGAACCCGUGGAAACGUCAGCAGGUCCUUCAAUACUGAAAUUAAAUGUGAUGCAUCGACUGUAGGUGGCAGCAGUAUGCCGUCAGUGUCAAUGGUGCCAUCGCGGUUAAAGAGACAAGUCGUGGAAACUGAAAAAUCAGUUCUUGUCUAGUGCAGAUGAGCGCUGGUACUCAAAUGCUAAGACGAAAAUAUUUCAUGCAAGCAUGAGCCAUCAUCAACUGUACACCAAUAUGACUGAAGAAAGGCUUCCAGCUGUUACAGCCACAUUUAUAAUGUAUAAUUUCCCCUGUUUUUAUGUACCAUUUCCCAAGUGUUAAAUUUGCAUAACUGCCAGGACUGGUGAACCAAACUUGUUGCUAGAUUUGAUUACUAUUGCUAUGAAGUGUUUAUAUGCGUGAUAGUCUUUAACACACUAACAAUAUAAAACCUAAGCAAGAACGGUUUGUUUUAUUGUUAACUAGACAUUUGUGACACAACUGGUUUUAAACAUAUUUGGCCUGUUUUUUGUUUUUUUUCUUUUUAAAUCAGAGGAAACCUCAAGCACCUUAUUGCCAGCGCGGCACCAGAAAUGGGCAGGGGCCGCUGUGGUGAACUGUUCACUGUCUCUGCCGCAGGUUUAUAUUAAUGUUUGGACUGCCACACACACAGAACCUCGGGAUGAAGGGUCUGUCGUUAAACUUGAGCAAAACACAGAAAUAGCGGCGCACGUUGAAACACCCAGGAGAAGAACCAAAACAGCCUAUGAGGCAUCGUCUAACCUGUCUUGAACUGAACCAGUUUUGUAGACCAGUGUUAUAAAAAAAAAUUCUGCUUUUUACAGCCCGGCUUUUGAGGAAGAUGUUUACUUGACAAUUUGUUUUUAUAUAUAUUUGCAUGUAUAUCAAGUUUUUUAUUAUUUCUUUAAAAAAAAAAAAGGCUAUCAGUCAAAGAACACUUGGUCCUGAGACGAGCACCUAAAGGUCCUACAGAGAGGAGGUGGAAAUUAACUGGGGGUAUCUAUUUAAAAAAUAAUAAUAAUAAUUAUCCCCACCCUCUAUUCUUGAGCACAUGGUACGAUCCUUGGAGACUUAACCAAGUUCAACAACUGGGGACAGAGGCAAGAAGAAGCGUGAGAGAGAAAGAAAGGAAGUAAAAAAUGAAAGGGAUUGGGGGAAGGCAUGGAGGAGAGGGAGGAGACAGUUUGCACAUUUCUGUUUUGUUUUCCUUUUUAUUCUGAUGCUUUGUUUAAAAACCACUGCCUUAAAUGAGGGGGAAAAAAAAUUCUGAGAGAUAGAGAAGGAUGAAGAGGACAGUCUGAACCUCCCUAGAGAGGAGGAAUGAAUGAGGAGGAGGAGGGGGGGGGUGUUGGCUGGGACG